AGCAACCACGAAAAAUCAGUACAGGCAAUCGUUUUAACAGUGCACGGAUCGGAGUAUAACCAAAGUUGACUAGAGUUCAAUUUAAGUCAGUUCUUUAGCAAUAAAAAAAAUGUUCAGUAAAGCACUGGUUAUCUUCCAAGGCAGUAGCAGCCAAACCAAUAUAGAUUUUGUUCCAUUUUCCGAUUGUCUAAUUGCAGCAAUGGUUUCCAUAAAAAUGUCUUUUCUUCUGGUCGUUUCGCUCUUCGUUCUCAUUAACUUCACUGAUUUUGUUAAUUCUUCGCAUCCAAACUGCCGUAAUGGAUUUCGCUUGAAUAGCGAUGAUACCUGUUUGUCUAUUGCCGACAAAUGUGGCAUCUCCCUGUCAUCGCUUUAUCACCACAACGGACUUACAGCAGGGGGAUUGAACUGCCACAAUCUUGCAGGUCACUUUCUUUGCUGCACUAACUGGACGGACAUGCCCAACACGAAUAAAAGGCGCCCAGGACGCAAAUAAAGACAAAAUCUAAAAUAAUGAGUCAACUUUUCACAAUUAAAUCUUACGUGAACUAUGAAUAUAAAAGCAUCGUAUCUUAUUAAUCCUCUCCGCUGCUCUCCUUAUUAUAAUUACUGUUUGAUCUUAUCUUUUGCUCCUUUAUGUAAUAU